CUCCCACUCCCACCCGGCUCUCGUCGCGUCCUGUGGUAUGGCGCCGCAGCGGCCUCGGGCGCUCCUCCGACGACCGCUCCCCUCCUCGUAACCACCGUCCGUGCCGAUCCAAACCCCGCAGAGCACCACGGCCGCCACGGCAAGCCUAAAAGAGCAGCCUCUCCCUUCGACCCGGACAGUCAUGGCGGCCGCACUUCUCGCCGCCGCGCCCUCGCCUCUCCCGCCGGCAUCCUGGAGACGGAGGCCUCUCCUCGCGGCCCUGCCGCCCGCUCUCCGCUGCCUCAGGGCUCCAACCUCCGCUCCUCCCGGAACCCCGCCGCCUCCCCGCAGAGCUCUCGCUCCCGUCUCCAGAGCCGCGCGCGGAGCGGCGCCGGCGCGAGGCAGGGGUGAGGUGACGGGGAAGUCCGGCCAGGCGCCCCGCGAUUGGGGCGCGCUUGCGGGGAGGCUGGCGCUGGGCGCGCUCCUGGGCUCCGCCGCCCUGCUCGGCUGCCGCGGCGCGGCGUUCGCGGCGGCCGAGGACUCCAUCAAGGCGUCCGGGUUCGGGCUGCGGGUCGCGGCGUCGCUGCGGAGCCUCGGCUGGCCCGACGACGCCGUCGUGUUCACGCUGGCCACAUUGCCGGUGCUCGAGCUGCGGGGGGCGAUUCCGGCCGGGUAUUGGAUGCGCCUUCACCCCGUCCGGCUGACCGUCCUCGCAGUUUUGGGGUAUAUAUUUCUUAUCUCAGUGUCAAUGCUUCAUUUACUAGAUUUAGUGUCAGUUCCUCAAGGUGUUCGACAGUUUUUUUAACUAAUGAUGAAGUGGAUUGACUCUGUAGCAUUUUAUAUUUGCUUACUGAAAUAAACCCCGUUUCCUAUUAAACCUGAAAAAUUAAAACAGCCCCAAAGAGGGAAACACAGUAAAUCAGUUUGUGUUGCUGUCCUUUAACAUACAGGUUUAAAGGGCAGACAAGCACCUGUUGCAGAAUGAUAUCUAUCCUAACAUGCAAACUUAAGUGAAUAUUGAUAUAAAGUAUGAAUCAUUUUAGUUAGUGUGUGGAACUGAGGUUGCUACUUAACUGACGGCCAUCUCCAACACAACUUAGCUAUUGUCUGUUUUUGCUCAGGUUAUGUGGCACUAGUUGUGCAUUGCUAAGGUUUAGAGAUAGUGACACUUGAUUAUCACUUAUUAGUUACUACAGAUUUGCUGUUCCUACAUGGUAUUAGAGCUGAUUCUGAGGAGAGCACAUUAUGAUCAAGAAACUGAAAUCAGCAAGUUAGCAACUACUGUAGUUGAAUGGAAAAGGUUUACUUUUUACCCCUAAGUUAUAUGCUAUGCUCACUUUAUCACAUAAACAAAUUUCCACUCUUAGUCCCCCAAAAGAUAGUUAGCUCUUUCCCUGCAUGUCUUUCUGAGCUCUGCUUUAAAUUAAAGAAGGGGGAAGUCUGUACAUAGCUUGAAACCAGCUAAAAAACCAAAGGAAAAUACAUGGCAAUUACUCUC